AUGAGGGAAAUGGCAACUAUGAAGAACGAUGUGAUGUACCUGGACGCGAGCUUCACCGUCAUAGCCAGUUUUGUGGGAUUGAGGCGCGACGAGGUGGUGUCCGCUGCAACCCAACUACUGAUGCAAGGCAGCCCCGUGAGAUCCGGCGCGAAAGCAGAGGCAGGUGGCACCAAGAAUGCCCCACACACUCCACAGCGUCCAUCCGGUUGCAAGAGGCGUGAUGACAGCAGUCCAGAGGAGGAUGGCGUACGGUAUGCCACCCGUGUUGCGCUGGCCUCCUCGUUCGCUGCAUGUGAUCCGACAGCGCGCUUGCUGCAAAACCCGCUGCUGUCGGGAGGGACCAUACCUCACUGGAUGUUCACCCGCGGGAGACCGCUGCUCGGGGUGACGGUGCUGGCUGGAGCUGAUGCGUGGGGAGAUACGAGCGGCCACGAGACGGUGAAGGCAGAAGAAGAAGAGGAUCUCGUGUCAGACACGGAGGACGAAGAGGAUGGUGACGACACGUGUGCAACGAAGUACACAGGAGUCAAGUUGGAGAAAGCAUCAGGCAGUUCGGCUCUGUCAGCUGCAGAGAAGGCGAUGCUGCGUGGAUGCACCAAGGAAGAUCUGCAGCUCCUGGUGGAAGCGCAGAGGUGGUGGUGGCGGAGCUGGAGGGAGGCGCGGGAGGGCGUGAACUGGAAGCUGAAACGAGGGAGGAAGCGAGUGGUUGCCACGCGCACGUCAAAGAGGCAGAGGGUGGUGGAUAGCAACAACAAGGCGGCCAACGAACCAGACGACCCUGACAAUGCUGAGAGUGGGGGAACGGCCCCUGUGCACAACGGCAGCAGCGGGUGUGCUCGGCACAACGAAGCCGAGGAGGGUGUGGAAGACUUUGUUGCACAUGAGAAGUUGGCAGACCAUCCUGCAUAG